AUGUGGUUAGAGUUGAUCGCCCUCGUAUUCUCGCUGAAUUGCUUCUCGCCGGCUUUAAUGUAUUAUGUAUAUGACGACAAUGCCAUGGUAGGAUUCAUAUCGCCUACAAAUGUGGUCGGGACUUACGGUAAAACCAGACAGCCCGUACAUAAGAAAUAUCUCGUCGGUAAUAAUAAUCAGAAGAACAUGAAGUUAGUCAACGAACGCGCUGUGGAUUCCCACUUCCAGAUAUCGAAGACGUCGCCUGUGUCGUUUGCAACUAAAUCUAACAUGGAGAAUAGUGAAACGAAAAACAUGCGAAAAGAUACGGAACCACCGCGUCAAAUUAAUUUUAUAGAUCAGAAGAUUGAAAUUCAACAUAGGAAAAAUCAAACACAGACGUCUAUGAAGAAAGUCGACUCACAAAACGCUGAGCAGAAAAAAAACACAGAUCUAAAUGAUCCGAAAAAUCAUGUCAAUAACGCGUUAUUCAAACCUAAUAUCCAAAAACAUUUGGAAAAUAGAAAUGUUAUAGAGAAGUCCAAGAACCAAGAAAGAAGUCAAUUUAAACCUGUUCCGACAGUACAUGCGAUCACCCAAAAGAAAUGGAACAGGUUCAUCAAUCGACAGCAAUUCUUUGACCAGAACUAUUAUCAAAAACCUAACGGCUUGAGUGUCAAGAAUAAAAUUCUACAUAAGGCGAACAUAAAUAGCGAACACAACGCUCAGUAUAUGAACUACAUGCUGAAUGAGAUAGCACAAAAAUUUUUAGAAAAUAAAAAAUCGAAGAUCAAGGAGAAUAGGAAAAGAGACGCUAUAACUAAUAACGUUAUGCAUCAGAGAAUAGAAAGCAACGAUAAAGAUGAUGCAAAUAGUCAAACAGACCUUUUUUCCCCAAACCAAGAUAAAAUUACCAUUGAGGAAAUCCUGACCGACGUGAACGACAAAACCGACCUAAUGUCGUACUCUGAAGAUAGAGUCAAAAGCAAAACUAUUACCUCUAAUACAAAGACUGAAAACUAUUCGGCAUUUCGAGAUCGCUGA